AUGAGCCAGGAUCCCAUCUUAGAGAAAGAGCUUCAUAAAUUAGUAGUCAAAAAUGAUGAGUUCGUGAAACAAGACGCUGCAUUGAAGAAAGAGUAUACAACGCUUCUCAGGAAAAUUAAUAGUGUGGUUGCCGUACUCAAAGAACUAGACCCUGAAUAUUUUGAACAACAGCGAAAUCAUGACACCGCUGAACCUAGACUCAUAUCUGUAGGUGCUUUACAGAAAGUGCCCAAAUUGGAAUGGUAUAAUCGACAAAUUACAAGAGUGAUUCAAAAUACUAAUGGUAAUGAAAAUUUUGAACUACCAAAUGAAUUGAUCGAUUCAUAUAAAUUAUAUAAAGACUCUCCCUUAUUAUAUAAAGAUAUACUAGAAUGA